UAUUGCCAACGCUUGUGGAAGAACGCACGCGGAAUCAGUACCACACAGGCAUAGGCAUUAAGUAUCCAGUUUUUCAUGGAAAAUGAACUGUGCUACCUGCAAAUCGCAAAUCUUCCUGUGCAUUGGCUGCUUUAUGGUGCUAGUAAAUACGCCGUCUGUAUUAAGCGACAAAUCCAGCUGUCAAUAUGAUGUCUUCAAGCCGCUGAAGGCGACCUGUGCAAACGAUGUAGCACCAAGUAUAACAGUAAGCACUGUGCGCGCAGAACAAAAGGAAUUGAAUAUAACACCCGUUCAUAGCGUAAAUAUUCCUUUUAAGACAGCCACCUUUGGCAUGGGAUGCUUCUGGGGUGCUGAGUCGCUGUUCGGUGGUACUAAGGGCAUUUUGCGCACCACUGUCGGCUAUGAGGGCGGCUCCAAGGAUUCACCAACGUACCGUAGCCUUGGUAACCACACUGAAGUCCUGGAAAUUGACUACGACCCCAAUGCCAUUUCGUUCAAACAACUGUUGGACCUCUUCUGGAAC